AUGCUAGCCUUGCACCCAUCUCCGGUGCCCGACCGAAUGCGCAGAGGCUACGGUGUCGGCACAGCGGUGCCGUCCUCAUCCUCGGCUCCUGGGACAAUUAGCGAUCCUCGACGCCGUGAGCGCGCCGCUGCCGACCCAUACCAGCGUGUCCGAACGCCGACCGGCGCAAUGUUGGCCAGCGCCAAAUCGUCCGCCUUGCCCUCGGACGGCAACCACGAUUUUACCUUCAUGUCACCGCAAAAGCCGUCCAAGCGAUUCUCGAAUAACAUUGAAGAUUAUGAGAUGGGUGAAAUGUUGGGGAGAGGCGGAUUCGGUUUUGUGCAUAGGGCUGUGUGCAAGAGUCCGGCUAUGGAUGGCCGAGAGGUUGCCAUCAAAAUGAUCGACAAGCGGCUGAUGAAGGCAGCCAACAUGACCCGUCGCGUAGGAAAUGAAGUCGAAAUCCAUUGGCAGCUCCACCACCCGUCCAUCCUCGAGCUGUACAACUACUUCGAAGACAAAUCCUACGUGUACCUCGUUAUGGAGAUCUGUCAAAACGGAGAACUAUACCAAUACAUCCACCACCGGAAAUUUCCCUUAACCGAACCAGAGGCGAGAGGCGUGGUUGCGCAAAUCGUGCGCGGAUUGCUGUACUUGCAUGCGAAUGGGAUUAUCCACCGGGAUCUGAAGUUGUCAAACUUGCUGCUGACGGAGAACUAUGAUGUGAAGAUCGGCGAUUUUGGGUUGGCGGUCAAGCUGAAUGACCCUAGUGGGGAGCAGAAAACGAUGUGUGGCACGCCAAACUAUAUUUCUCCCGAGAUCAUAUCGCGGCUACCGUACGGACUUGCUUCCGAUGUGUGGUCACUGGGAUGUAUGGUCGUCACUUUAUUGACGGGGACGCCGCCCUUUGAAAGCCAGGCGGUAAAAAAUACCCUCGAUAAGGUGUCCCGGGUGGAGUACACACUGCCGGAUCACAUCUCCCCAGAGGCUCAGGAUCUUGUGCACAGGUUGCUCCAAAAGGACCCCAAGAAGCGCCUAGCUCUUACAAAAGUCCUCAGCCACCCUUUCUUCGAACCCACCAUGCCCGUAUCCUCCUUACGGCCCCUCAACGCGGUAUUCGACAAACCCCACCCCCGACCCAGGCCCGCGAGCACGCAUCAGGCAGCCACCACCAACGACACCAGCCGACAUCGUGCAGUCGCGAGGAGCAAUAAUCGCGGGGCUAGGAGACAUGAGGGGCGGUCGCAGAGCCGACCGGAGUCGGUGCAUGCGUACGAUAAGGAGAACCGAGAGCAGAUGGAUCCCCGCAAACCUGCGGACGCAUACUGUGGUUCACGAGGACAGUCUCCACAGGCCAAGCGGCGGGACGCGAGUAGCAGCUCACCUGGGUAUGCGAGCGCAGGUCGCAACGCAUCUAGCAACCCUCAGCAGACCACCAGUAGGUCCACCACCGCGGCAUCUUCCUCAACACAACCCGCAUCCCCAUUGGUAGUCCUACCCGAAUUCUCGACGCAGAGGCUGAAACCGCUCAAACAAAAGACGAAACAUGGCACGGUCUCAAUCCUUGCGUCUGGUGAUCUGCUGCUGGACUUUUUGGGCGAGGAGUUUCUUAUGCUUAUUAGUGGGGAUAGUCGGACGAUUGAGCUGUUUGAUCGAUCGACCAGCCCCACCGACCCCCAGAGUCGGCCGAUUCGCAGGUAUACCCGGACAUCGUUGCCUAGCGCGUAUGUCAAGAAAUAUCGGUACGCGAGCCGGUUCGUUGAUUUGGUUCGGAGUAAAACGCCAAAGAUCGUCUUCUACUCCCCCCAAGCCAAAUGCAUCCUCAUGGAAAACGCCCCACUCGCCGAUUUCGACAUCCUCUUCUACAACGGCACCCGCGCGCACUACUCCGUCUCCAGCGGGCUCGUGGAGAUUAAAAUCCCGGUCAUCAAACCCGCCCCUGGACAAACUAAAGUCGACGACAAGGAUAUGGAGAAACACGCGAUACCCUUAGAGGGUCGGGUGGAUAUACCGCCACAUCUGGCAUUGGUGGUCAAACAUGUGCAGGAGUGUUUGAGACGAACCCCGCCGCACCCGCCCAACAUCCUCUUCAGCAUCCCAUGCUACCUCCCUCCCACAUCUCCGCACCACCGCCAGCGACCCACACCUGUACAACCACCAUCGAUCCGUCGCAACCUCAUCAUCGGCGUCCAGGGCAAACACGCAUACGAUACAUACCACGACCAGCAGCAGCGGGAGCAGUGCACGCGUGCCGGGUCGGGAUGGGGUUCGAUCCGUCGCGUCCUCUUCAUGGGAUCCUCAACAUCAUCGGGAUGA